GGGGUUGAGGGGUGCCCAGCUGCCAUCCCCGCCGCCUCCUGGCCCCCACUCGCUGGCGCCCAAGUGGGAGGACGGCAGCUGCCCGCUCCCUCCUCCCCGCAUCCCCACUACCUGCCCAGUCCCCGAAGCGAAGCGUGAGGAGGCUGCGAGCCAGCGGGGCCGAGCCCACAACUUUGCAGCCUCGGGGAGGGCGAGAGCCGGCGUCCGGGGCUCCUCUUGUCCGCGACCCGAGCCCGGAAUGUAAUCGAGGAUGCUGGCCCUGAGGCUGCUCAACGUGGUGGCCCCCGCCUACUUCCUGUGCAUCUCCCUGGUGACCUUCGUGCUGCAGCUCUUCCUCUUCCUGCCCAGCAUGCGCCAGGACCCCGAGGCCGCCUGGCUCUUCUCUCCCGCGCUGCUCCAUGGCGCGCUCUUCCUGUUCCUCUCAACCAAUGCCCUGGGCAAUUACGUCCUGGUCAUCCAGAACUCCCCGGACGACCUGGACGCCUGCCAGGGGCCCUCGGCCAGGAGGGCCCCAUGCCCCCCGCCCAGCACCCACUUCUGCCGCGUGUGCGCCAGAGUCACCCUGAGGCACGACCAUCACUGUUUCUUCACCGGCAACUGCAUCGGCAGUAGGAACAUGCGCAACUUCGUCCUGUUCUGCCUCUACACCUCCCUUGCCUGCCUCUACUCCAUGGUGGCCGGCGUGGCCUACAUCUCAGCAGUGCUUUCCAUCUCCUUCGCCCACCCCUUGGCCUUCCUCACGCUCCUUCCCACCUCCAUCAGCCAGUUCUUCUCCGGAGCUGUCCUCGGUUCUGAAAUGUUCGUCAUCCUCAUGCUCUACCUCUGGUUUGCCAUCGGCCUGGCCUGCGCGGGCUUCUGCUGCCAUCAGUUGCUGUUGAUCCUCAGGGGGCAAACCCGUCACCAGGUGCGGAAGGGGGUGGCAGUGAGGGCCCGGCCUUGGCGCAAGAACUUACAGGAGGUCUUCGGGAAGAGGUGGCUGCUGGGCCUGCUGGUCCCCAUGUUCAAUGUUGGAGGUGAGAACUCCAAGCAGCGUGACAAAUAGCAGGCAUUCCCAUCA